UAUAAACAGACUUACACAUCAUAGGCAUUUUAAUCACAAUAUUCAUUUUCUUAUACGUUCUAUCUCUAUUAUUAUCUUGUCAUCCAAGUAGACAUGAUAAAAUUUCAGCAAUUUAAAUUCUCAUUUGCUACUUUACACCAUGGCAUUAAAUCUGUUCCAAGAAUACCUUAAAACGCUACUGUUACAACUGCAUAAAACCUGGACAUCUUUACAUAACAUUUUCUUUACAUAACAAUUACUUCAAUGAAAACCAUAAACAAGGAAGAAAGAGGAUGAAACGAAAAACCGCUAUUUUCCUAUUUGAGUAAUUUUGUAUGGUUAGUCAGGAUGGGUAUUGUAACUGAAUGAUUUAAACUUAAGCAAUGCUCUCUUAAUGAUCCUGUGAAAAAUCAAAGAUAUAAUGGGAAAUACGAAAUCUCUUAUUUUAAAACCCAGAUUUCAGAAACUGGGACCGGAGACUAUAGCGGACCUACAAAAACAUGAAGACAUCGAUUUCACAAGUGCUGAGAUAGAGGAAUGGUACCGUGAAUUUCAGCUACAUAUGACGAAAGGAAUAACUAAACUGACAGUUGAUGUUUUCAAAAAAGUGUAUAACCGUGUCUUUGAGGGGGACGCGUCAUCGUUUGCGUAUCAUCUCUUCAGAUCUUUUGACAUGAACGGAGACGGUUAUGUUGACUUUAGAGAGUUCAUUAUUGGUCUCAGUGUUUCUGGAAGUGAUAACCCAGACAAGAAGCUUAAAUGGGCGUUUAGAAUGUACGAUAUCGAUGGAAAUGGAAGAAUUUCUAAGAAUGAGAUGAACUGUAUUCUAAGGGAUAUCUACAAAAUGACGAAUGCCAUGGUCAGUGACGAACUAGGUAGUCCUGAACAGAUAACUGACAAGUUCUUCACGAAGUUUGACCUAGAUGGGGACGGACAGAUCAGUUUUCAGGAAUUUAAAAACGGUGCAUUGACUGACCCUUUGAUUAUUCAUCUUCUAGAAUGUGAUCCUGAUCCCUGAUGUAUAAACUUAAAAUGGAAAUUUCUUAAUUUAUAGAAACUAGUGAUUUUUGUAAUAUAUUUGUUUGUUUUGCGAAUAUUUAAAAGUCAAGAUUAGCAGUGGUGCUCAGGAACGGACUUUUUACUCAUUAUUCAUAUUCAUGCCUCAUCAUCAUGUUAACACAUCAACAUUUUUAUCUUGUUAUUUUCUAGAGAAUAAUAAAUGAUUACAUUUUAGCCAGUAACAAGGAAAAACAAGACAAACUAAAUGUGUAUAAUAUUUAAAUGUCAAUAUAAUGGGAAAAUUUGAAAAGUGUUAACAUCUCAGCAUACAUUGUUUAUAAUGUGACAGCCACAUUUUUGUCAUGAACACAAAAAUACGUUUUAAAUUAUUUCUUUUAAAACCUUAUUUCAAUAAUUGUUUCCUCAUGUUUUUUGCCAACGUUUGAAAAUUUAAUUAACAGACUAGAAAAUAUCAAGGCAAUAUCAUUGAAUCCAUUGUUUCAUGACUCCAACUUCAUAAGGUUAUGUGCAAUAAUGAAAGCAUUUCUUUUCCAAGUAUGUACAGCUGCUUUUUCCUGUUUUUAACAUAAAAUAAACCUAAGGCCUUAUGGAACUUUGUAGUUCAGCAUUUUGUUAUAUAAACAAGUCCAAUGCUUUGAAUAAAAUUUAUCGAUUGAUUUUUUUCUGAUCUCGUCGUUUCUUUUUAAAAUUUUUAUAUAUGCUGAUUCUUUGUCGAAGAGCAUGUAAUUAAAUGCAUAUAUAGCUACGCAAAUAUUUUUGAUACAUCGCAUUAUAAUGUCACAUCACUGUUGGCUUAAGUUCUCAAAAAGUUUAUUUGUAUUUCUAGAAAAAAUAUAAUUUCUUAACAUUUUGCAAAACUGAGACGUAGUCAGUGUAUUUUAUUUCAAUUAAUUAGAAAAUAUAAUGUUGUAUUUAAAAUUCAGUUUAACUCACUAAACAUCCCUAUCGUAUGUUUGUGAUAAAAGAUAUAUGAAAUUGUGCCUUCUUGUUCGAAGUAUGAAUUUAAAUGUGUCAAAACUCUCGAAAAAAAAUGUGGAAAAUAGGAUUCAUGUAUAAAGAUUGGCAAUAAAUGUUCUUGAAGUUAUACUUUACA